AUGAAAGGGAGCCGGAUAUUAGGAAAGCUGAUUUCCUUUAUCGCUCAUAGAGGCUUGACAACGAUAGGUUUACCCGAGAAAUAUGCUACUGUAGGUAAAUUUAGCUUUCCCGUUGCAACACACACGGUACAGAGCAUAAGCGAAGAUCUUGGGGGUUUUUUGAAAAAUCAAGUAAGGGUUACUUUGAAUGGUCAUCUCAAUAGAAGACCCAGAAUAAGAUCAACAAAGAGCUUUGCGGAAUUGAGAGAUACAGAUGGGAAUGUUACGCAAAUUUUAAUGAGUCCUGACCAUACGGAUCAAAAAUUCAUUGACAUUCUAAGAUCAGCGACUCCAGAGGAUUCAGUAAGCGUUAGCGGAUAUGUGAAAUUGAAAGAAACGAGACCAGAUCAGCCUCUAACUGGAAAGAAGGAAUGGGAAUUAGUAGUUGAUGACUACCAAGUAUUGAAUCUGUCCAAUUUGGAUGCCGCAAGGUUAGAUAAGCUUAAACAUUCGUCACCCAAGGAUUUACCUCCUCAAUUUAGAUAUUUGCAACUAAGAACGCCAUUCUUUCAAAAAGCUUUAAGGAUGAGAAGCAAAGCCAGUCAUUUGAUGAGGAAUAUCUUGACCGAAAAGUAUGACUUUGUUGAUCUUGAGACGCCCUUAUUAUUUAAGUCAACGCCUGAAGGUGCAAGAGAGUUCUUGGUUCCAACAAGGACGUAUGAUAGAUUUUAUGCCUUGCCUCAGUCGCCACAACAGUACAAGCAAAUUUUGAUGAGCUCAGGUUUCACGAAGUAUUUCCAAAUUACAAAAUGUUUUAGAGAUGAAGACUUGAGGUCCGAUAGACAACCAGAAUUCACGCAAGUUGAUUUGGAGAUGAGUUUUGUCAAUCAUAGGGAACAGGUGACAGAUGUUGUUGAGGAUUUGGUAAAACAAACAUGGAACAAAGUCGGUAAUUAUUCUACCUAUCGCUUAAAUCAAGAUGGUCACUUAGAAAAGAUCGAGCCGGGAACCGAAGGUAAAUUUUCUAAACUUACCUAUCUUGAUGCACUUGAAAACUACGGUAUAGACAAACCUGAUCUUAGGUCAUCUAUAGAAUUCAAGAACCUAUCAAACUUCUUUAUAUCAAAGAAGAACGAAAAUUUUCCUGUCGUUGAAGCGUGUGUGUUGAAGAAUGCCUUCAAUCCCUCGGGGGCCUUUAAAAUGCCCAAAUGUUUGGUAGAUCCUAAAAGCUAUUCUAGGCGCAAGCCAACUAUAUUAGCAUUGAAUAAUGAAAAUGAGUGCAAAAAUUGGUAUCAAAAAUUUGUUGACAAGUCGGUCUUAGAGAAAACUUCACGGUUUAAAGAAUCUGAUUUGAAUCAUUUCUUGGGACUCGCUCCAGGCGACAUUCUUGCUUUCUCUAGCCGAGCUGAACUUCCCUAUGAAAAUCCUACUCCUUUGGGACGCUUUCGUCAGUUGGCUAUAAAAGAAUUCCCUGGAAAGUGGGAAAGAAAAAUAUACAACCUGAAAACAAAACUUCUUGAAAACUGUCCGAAUAUAAACGAAAUAUUUGUUGGAUCAUGGGUCAUUGAUUUUCCCCUAUUCAACCCAAUCGAAACUUCGACUGAUCCUGCCGAUGACUUUCCUACCUACAACUAUUCUAAGUAUGAAUCUACACACCAUCCUUUCACAAUGGUCAAAUUGGAAGAUUACGAAUAUUUAGGUAGUGAUCCUCUCAAAGCUCGCGGUGAGCACUAUGAUUUAGUUAUCAAUGGAGUUGAAGUUGGGGGUGGAUCCCGAAGAGUCCACGAUCCCGAAUUACAGAAGUACAUUUUCCUUAACAUUUUAAACAUCCACAACUACGAUAAGCUUUUCGGUCAUUUAUUGCAUGCCUUGAGUAUGGGAUGUCCACCGCAUGCUGGAUUAGCCCUAGGAUUUGAUAGACUCUGUGCGAUGUUGGUAGGGUCUUCUAGUAUUAGGGAUGUUAUCGCAUUUCCUAAGAACCAGUCAGGAGUCGAUCCAGUUAUAGAGAGCCCAACAUCGAUUAGUUUGGAAACUCUUAAUGAGUAUAGAAUUACUACAAUUGCUAAAUAG